AUGACCGUGGUCUCAGAUGAUCCCAGUUUUUGGCCGAUAAUCAAUGCGAGUCGUAUUGGCAGCUACUUUACAGUUGUCGCUGCUGUUGGUGUAAUAUACGAUUGGGAAUUUCCAGCCCUGUCAUCCGGACAAGAGAUUGAACUGAUCUGGAGGCAACGCUGGUCCCUGAUGACUGCCCUGUACCUCAGUGUGCGCUACCUUGGAAUAAUAUAUGCUGUUGACCGUUCCGACGAUCUCGGGGACAGACAUGCUUGUUGGUUCCAUGUAAUGACUGCCACAGCUAAGAUGUACGUCACAAUAAAUUGCACGACUGUUGUCGUGAACGCACUGCUGGGCGUCAUAAUGAUCGCUCGGUUACAUGCUAUGUAUCAGCAAUCCAGAAAGGUGCUGAUACUUAUCGUUGUCACCUUGCUGGCCACCAGCAUCGUUGAUGGAGUCGUCGUCGCAAUACAACUGUGGAACAUUACGGCGGAGGAGGUCAUUCUCUCCGGUACCUAUCAGUGCCUUAUUAACGUUAGGGGAGAUAGCAACCUUAUGACUUCCAUAUCUUGGACAUUCACCACUAUAUGGGAGGUCCUCGCACUGUGUCUCGCAGGUUGGAUUGCUGUAAAACACUUCCGUGAACUACGAGGACAUUCGGCAGGAUGGAUUAUUGGGGACUGUUUCACAGUGUUAAUGAAAUCUCACGUGGUUUACUUUGCGAGUUCCGCACGUCCUAGCUUUCUUGCUAGUUCUUGCCUCAACUUCGGCAAUUUGUCUCCAACACUUGCGAACACAUUUACCCUGGGAAGUCAGAUUUAUUAUGGUCUUUCUCAAAUUGUCUUUCUCGUGCAGAUGUUUGUCCUGGGGCCACGCUUGAUCCUUGGCGUUAGAGAGUUUAACGCUAAGCUCGUGGACGACUCGGAUGCAGCAACCGCCAUGACUUCAAUUGCUUUCCAGGAGCACGUGCAUGUGUCGACUAGCAGCAGUGUGUAG